GCUAUUUACGGAGUGGGUAAAUUGUUUUAUCCCGGGACCCGUUCAAAAGGACUCAAAAGAAUUUCGAUUCUAUCGCGUGGGAUUAUUUGUUUGCAAAAAUCACCUCAACCGGAAGUGACGAUAUCGAGCGUUCCAAUAGUUCACAACGGGUGUCAAUAAAUUCCUUUAUAUUCUGGAUCGUUUGAAAACCAAAUGCUCAUUGAAUAAGGUGUGAGAGCUAUGAAGAGAGAAAAUGGCUCUAUAAUUUAUGUAAGCAUCAAUGUGAUCAAUACGCAGGGUAUAUAAAACGCAAAUCGCCGACUAUUUUUGUCGCCGUUAUUAAGACACUUUCCUACAAUAAAGACAUUAUUAGAACUUACUGUUUCAAAAACUUUUGCCGCGACUGUGAAACACUUAAUUAAUUUUAAUCUGAAAGGAUUCUUUACAAAGACUUUUUAAUUUUUUAAUACAAAAUACACAUAAAAUAAAAAAAAACGGCAAUGGAUGUACAGACAAUUUUGGCGCCAAAUACGGACACAGAGACUGUAAAAAGAAGGAUAGCUUUCCAAAAAAGUUUUAGCCAAGAGCAUGGCGGAUCAUGGCGACGCAAAAGUCUGAUUGAAGAUGCAAAGUUCGAAACUGCAGCAAAUAUCGAAUUUGAAAAGCAAGAAAGAAAAAGUCGAGGCGGAUCCAUUAGCGAGGAAGAAGAGGUAUUUCUGUCACAGCAGAACGGAGAAGUGAUUUCACCAAUCGACAAAGACGUCUUGAAACGCCAGUUCACAAUAAUGAUGUCAUUAAAAGACGGAAUGACGUCACUUUCAAGAAUCAUAAGGGUAUUUGAGACGUCGAAAAUUGUUAUAGACCAUAUAGAAUCCAGGACAGCCAAGAAGCUGGGAUCACAGCACGAUAUAUUACUGCAAUGUACAGGGGUGAAGGACACUGUAACAGCUGUUAUGAACAGCAUUCGUCAGAAUAACUCCGUGUCAGAUGUCUGGUGUGAAAACGAGAAACUUAUUGCUAGACAAGAAGUAUGGUUUCCUAGACACAUAUCAGAUUUAGACAACUGCACUCAUAUAGUGACCAAGUUCGAGCCAGAGCUAGACUGUGACCACCCGGGUUUUACAGAUAAAGAAUACCGCCGCCGACGUAAACAAAUAGCUGACAUAGCAUUCGAUUACAGAUACGGCCAGCCAAUACCAAGAGUCGAGUAUGCUGAAUCGGAGAUAAAAGCUUGGGGGCACGUGUACAGGGAAUUGAAGCAGCUGACACCAAAGCACGCGUGUCUAGAGUAUCUACAGGUAUUCAAACUGCUGGAAGAGGAAUGUGGAUACUCAGACAAGGCCAUACCGCAGCUAGAAGAUGUCUCUAACUUUCUAAAACGAAAGACAGGAUUUCAGCUGCGGCCCGUAUCGGGCUUAUUGUCAGCACGUGACUUUCUAGCAAGCCUUGCUUUCCGUGUGUUCCAGUGCACACAGUACGUCAGGCAUCCAUCUAAACCAGACCAUUCCCCUGAACCGGACUGUAUCCAUGAGCUGCUAGGUCACGUGCCAAUGCUUGCCGACCCUGUGGUUGCCCAGUUCACACAAAAUAUUGGACUUGCAUCUCUUGGUGCUUCAGAUUCUGAUAUAGAGAAAUUUGCAACGAUGUACUGGUUUACGGUAGAAUUUGGAAUAUGUAAACAAAAAGGGGACCUUAAAGCAUAUGGCGCUGGUAUCUUGUCUUCGUACGGAGAAUUGAAGCACGCACUCUCAGACGCUCCAGAGAAACGACCUUUUGAACCCGAGAAGACAGCUGUGCAAUCGUAUACAGAUGAAGAUCUUCAACCUCUGUACUUCGUCGCCGAGUCGUUCGAGGAUAUGAUGGUGAAAAUGAGAGAUUUUUCUAUGAAGAUCAAACGUCCAUUUGAAAUACGAUACGACCCAUUCACCAGCUCUGUGGUGGUACUAAACGAUAAGAAAGCCUUACAAAAUCUCGCACUGACACUAACACGUGACACUGAACAACUAGAACGUGCUAUGGCAGCUUUGUAAACAAAACAAAUGUAUCUACAGUCCUAUAUAUUAAUGCCAUUUUAACAAUUGGCAUGGACUAAUUUGAUCGUGCUAACUGCAAAAUGUAUAUGUAUAUAAUUCUCUAUAAUAGUGCUACCGGAUCACAAUGUUAUUGGUUAAUCACUGUAAAUGAUUUAGAUGUUUAUUAUAUGACUGAAGACCUUUGAAAGUAGACUUACUUACUGGUAUCAAGUAGUUUUUAUAAUAUUGUACUUCGCCUUCCAUUUUGUUUCUCAGCAUUUUAUUGAAAUGAUUUCCAACAUUAGAAGUAUUUAACCACUGAUUUAAAUAAUUAAAAUAUGAUAGGCUUCGACUGAUUGAAUCCACAACAACUCUUAAGUAAAACUUAAGCUUAAUCAUUUUAUGUUUGCCGAAAUCAUGUUGUUAGUAUCAAUUUGUUCUAAAUGCCACAGUUGCAAUUAAUAAGAUACGGUGUACAUACAUUGUUUGAAGUAGGAUUUGUUUGUUUU